AUGAUGCGUGCGCGUUUUCUCUAUAUAAAACAGCCGCGAGCCGGCAACGCAUCAGUUUGUGACCGAUUCGGAAGGCAGACGCAACAUAUUACAAUGCAGACAAGAGCACUGAUAGUCCUAGCUGGUCUAGCGCUGGCAAAUGCGCAAUUUCCCAACGGGCGUAUCCUGGAACCUCCAGUGGCGUCACUUUGUGCCAAUCGCGUCAUCCACGAAAGAUAUGCAGACAAUAAAGGAUACUUCUUCUCUUGGAGAGACCCCGCACUCCGCGGCGUGGAAGAGGACUGGCUGAGCGCCAGAAACUAUUGUCGGCAACGUUGUAUGGACCUGGUCUCGUUGGAAACCAGCGACGAGAACGAAUGGGUGAAAGCUCGCAUCAUUCAAGACAAGGUAAAGUACAUCUGGACGUCGGGUCGCCUUUGCGACUUCAAGGGAUGCAACCGUCCAGACCUUCUCCCUAAUGAAGUCAACGGUUGGUUCUGGACCGCUGAACUGCAGAAACUCGCGCCUACCACCAACCGCCAACAGAACGACUGGUCUGAAGGCGGCGGCAUCGGCAAAUCUCAGCCUGACAACAGGGAGCUACUCCAAGGAGGCGCUGCUGAACACUGCGUGGCCAUCCUAAACAACUUCUACAACGACGGAGUGCACUGGCAUGACGUAGCCUGCCACCACCGCAAGCCCUUCGUCUGCGAGGAGAACGACGCUCUUCUCAAAUACGUCAGAUACACGAACCCCAACUUACGAGUU